CAUUUAGUAGUUGCUUUUUAUUUAGCCAGUCUACAAUUAAAAUGGAAUUGCUAAGGUUCUCAACGGUUUUUGCUGUGAUCGUGAUGUUGCAUUUCUCAAGUCCAAUGCAGGCUGCGCCUGUGUCGGAUGUGGAGUCAGCACUCGCUUCCCUGAUGGACUCUAAAUUGGUUAAGACCAUGCAAUGGAAUUCCAGAAAGUUACUCGAAAUACAAGAACUUCUCAGCGAGAAGCGUAUUCUAUAUUUGGAAAUAUUGCGCGAACAGAAAUUUCAGAGAACAUUGGUAAUUGGGGCAUUUGUGAUUGAUUUCCUGCUGCUCGUUUGCAUGUCAUUGCAUUAUUUGCUGGUGCCAGCGAAAGUCAAUAAUAAGAUAGAUAUUUAAACGAACAAAACCCCAUAUUAUUCUUUUCAAAUUAGCUGUAAAUAAGUUGUUCAACUCACAUGGUUGAGCUCAAACUGUAUAUUACGUAUACGCCACAUUAGUUGGCGGUGUUUUGGCAGCUUUGUUGCUGCAUUUGUUACACACACACACACUCGUGCAUUAAUUAUAAGCCACUUUACGCCUCGCGUGGCCCAAACAACGAACAACACGAGCAACGAGAGCGACGACCAGCAUCGAAAUCGAUUAUUAAAUAUUGGCAGCUGGUCAUUGCGCCAAAAGCUCGACGUGCCAAUUGUUGGGCCGCCGUCGACUGUGUGUGUGUUGAGUGUGUGUGUGUCAGCUGGCGUUGUUUGUUUUGUUUGUUUGUUGGCACUUUUGCACAGUUUCGGUUCAUAAAUAUUAACAGCUAUUAAAACACUGAGCAGCCAUGCAAAAGCAGGCUAAAAAUUAAUUUUAAACUUUAAAAACUGGUUGCCGCCGGCUUUACGCGCAAUUUAGCAGACGAACAGCAGCAACAAAUAAAUAUAAGAGCGAGACAGAGAGAGGAGUGGGUGAGGGUUUAGUAUAGUGCACUAUGGAAUAAGUCCUUAAUA